UAGCGAAGAAAUAAAAUAAAAGAAAAUUCACAGAGAAGCAGUAGAAACACUCCAAAUCCCUCUCUCACUGAACUCCCCAAAAUCCAGAUCCACCCCCAAAUCAUGUCCAGCGCCGCUGCGCAGCUCGAUCAAUCGGGCUCAAUCGACCCGAUUUUCCACGCCGUGCGAGUCCUACCGUUCUCCUUCCUCCGCCCGCCGCGCCUCCGCUUGAAGCUGCCGUCUUUCAGCCUCCCCUCUGCCAUGACGGUCUACGCUCUCAUCCUCCUCACCUACUUCAUGGUCGUCUCCGGAAUCGUCUACGACGUCAUCGUCGAGCCUCCCGGCAUCGGAUCCACGCAGGACCGCUUCACCGGGGCGGUCCGCCCGGUCGUAUUCAUGCCGGGCCGGGUCAACGGCCAGUACAUCAUCGAGGGGCUCUCGUCCGGCUUCAUGUUCGUGCUCGGCGGCACCGGGAUCGUGUUGCUGGAUCUCGCUCUCGAUAAGAAUCGAGCUAAGAGUGUUAAGGUAUCCUAUUCCACCGCGGGGAUCGCAUUCAUCGUCAUUUCUUACGUUAUGAGCAUGCUGUUUAUUCGCAUUAAGAUCCCCGCCUACCUUCGUUGAUUAGGUUAUUUUCUGAUUUCUGAGGAUUUUCUUUUUCCUUUUUCCUUUUGGUUGUAAAAUCGGAACACGGCCAGAAUUUCGGGAACUAGUUUCUCUCAUGCUGUGCUAACUGUUGUUCUAAGAUAUGUCAUUAUAUGAAUUAGGAGAAGGUGAGAAACUUUAGCA